AAUCCCUCCCUCAACUCAAAGACUUUGCAGGCCAGGGUGCCCAGCGCAAAAAUGAGGGACGAAGCAAACCCAGUUUCGUAGCUUUUCCAACCCCCCUCCGACCGUUGCCCACCUUCCCCGUUAACUGCCCACUCCCCUCGCCGCCGGUGGCUGCUCCUUCGCCGCAGCGCCCAGCUCCGCCGCCCCCUGCUCUCCGUCGACCCUGCUUCCUGGUAUGGAGAAUGGGGAGAUCGAGGCCGCGGAGGAUGGGCUGCCGGUGCCAGCGCCGCCUAACGGGCGACGCUACCGACCAGUGGGCUCGGACGACAGCGCCGUCAUCCAGAUGACCUCCAUGGAGCCCAGCCCCGGCUCCACCUCCACCUCUGUCACUGGCCAUGACGCCAUAACACCCCAGCCGCCUAGAAACCUUAAGCCCGGUGGUGCUAAUCUAACCAUUGAUCCAAGCAUGCAAGAAGGUUCUGGUGAUCAUGCUACAUCCAGUGGAUCUCAAAGGGAUUCAAAGCUAGAGCUUUUUGGGUUUGAUUCACUUGUAAAUAUUUUGGGCCUCAAGAGCAUGACAGGAGAAGAGAUUCCAGCUCCUUCGAGUCCUAGGGAGGGAGAGGAUGUAGCAAUUACCAUUGGAAGGCCGAAGCAGGAAACUGGACCUAAGUUUGGUACAAUGAUGGGUGUCUUUGUACCAUGCUUGCAGAAUAUCUUGGGGAUCAUUUAUUAUAUCCGUUUUACCUGGAUUGUAGGUAUGGCAGGCAUAUGGCAGUCGCUUGUUUUAGUCUCAUUCUGUGGUGCUUGUACAUUUUUAACCGGCUUAUCAUUGAGUGCCAUUGCAACGAACGGGGCAAUGAAGGGUGGUGGACCAUAUUAUCUCAUUGGCCGUGCGCUUGGUCCUGAAGUUGGAGUUAGUAUUGGAUUGUGUUUCUUUCUUGGAAAUGCAGUUGCUGGGUCCAUGUAUGUUCUGGGUGCUGUAGAAACCUUUUUGGAUGCCAUUCCUUCUGCGGGAUUGUUUCAAGAGAGCGUAACAGCGGUGAACAAUACAUUAUUAAACGGUACAGCAACAGCUGGCACGGCGACUAUAUCGACACCCAGCUUGCAUGACCUUCAAGUAUAUGGUGUUAUUGUGACCAUACUGCUUUGUUUUAUUGUGUUCGGUGGUGUCAAAAUCAUCAACAAGGUUGCACCUGCCUUCUUAAUACCAGUGCUCUUUUCACUGUUGUGCAUCUAUCUUGGUGUCUUCAUUGCACCAAGACACAAUGCUCCAAAGGGGAUCACUGGGUUGAGUCUAACCUCACUCAGAGACAACUGGGGUUCAGAAUAUCAACGUACAAACAAUGCAGGAGUUCCUGAUCCAGAUGGUUCUAUAUAUUGGGAUUUCAAUGCUUUGGUAGGUCUCUUUUUCCCAGCAGUCACUGGAAUUAUGGCUGGCUCAAAUCGAUCUGCUUCACUGAAAGACACACAACGUUCAAUACCGAUUGGAACAUUAUCUGCAACUCUCACAACAACUGCUAUGUACUUGUUUUCUGUGCUGCUGUUUGGAGCCUUGUCCACACGAGAAGAGCUUCUAACUGAUAGGCUUCUUACAGCUACAGUGGCAUGGCCUGCUCCAGUAGUGAUUUACAUCGGUAUUAUCCUGUCCACUUUAGGUGCAGCGCUGCAGAGUUUAACAGGGGCUCCAAGGUUACUAGCAGCAAUAGCAAAUGAUGACAUCCUUCCAGUCCUUAAUUACUUUAAGGCUUCUGAAGGAGCCGAACCUCACGCAGCAACUUUAUUCACAGCAUUAAUCUGUAUUGGAUGUGUGAUUAUUGGGAACUUGGACUUGAUUACACCCACUAUCACUAUGUUCUUUCUGUUGUGCUAUGCUGGUGUGAACUUGUCAUGCUUUCUGCUUGACUUACUUGAUGCUCCUAGUUGGCGCCCUCGAUGGAAACUUCACCACUGGAGUCUUUCACUUGUUGGUGCAUUACUUUGCGUUGUCAUCAUGUUUUUGAUCUCUUGGUCUUUCACUGUUAUCUCCCUUGCCCUUGCAAGCCUCAUCUAUUAUUAUGUGAGUAUAAAAGGGAAGGCUGGAGAUUGGGGAGAUGGGUUCAAGAGUGCAUAUUUUCAGUUGGCACUACGGAGUCUCAGAUCGCUAGGAGCAAACCAAGUUCAUCCUAAGAAUUGGUACCCCAUUCCUCUGAUAUUAUGCCGCCCUUGGGGUAAACUUCCAGAAAAUGUCCCUUGUCAUCCAAAACUUGCUGAUUUUGCCAAUUGUAUGAAGAAGAAGGGCCGUGGAAUGUCAAUAUUUGUCUCGACAAUUGACGGUGAUUAUCAUGAACUGGCUGAGGAUGCUAAGACUGCCUGUCAUCAGCUGGAGGCCUACAUUGAGUACAAACGCUGUGAGGGUGUUGCAGAGAUAAUUGUAGCACCUUCAAUGUCCGAGGGCUUCCGUAGCAUUGUUCAGACGAUGGGCCUAGGUAAUUUGAAGCCUAAUAUUGUUGUGGUGCGGUACCCUGAGAUUUGGCGCCGUGAGAAUCUGACAGAGAUACCAUCAACCUUUGUCAGUAUAAUAAAUGAUUGCAUCAUUGCUAACAAGGCAGUUGUUAUUGUGAAGGGUCUUGAUGAGUGGCCUAAUGAGUUCCAGAGACAGUAUGGUACUAUUGACCUCUACUGGAUUGUGAGAGAUGGAGGAUUGAUGCUUCUUCUGUCUCAGCUCCUGCUCACAAAAGCGACCUUUGAAAGCUGCAAGAUCCAAGUCUUCUGCAUAGCUGAAGAGGACACUGAUGCUGAAGAGCUAAAGACUGAUGUCAAAAAGUUUUUGUAUGAUCUUAGGAUGCAUGCCGAGGUCAUUGUUGUGACUAUGAAGUCAUGGGAAUCUCAUGUGGAGAGCAGCAGCAGUGGUGCUCAGCCAGAUGAUUCCCAAGAGGCUUACACAAGUGCACGGCGCAGGAUCAGCACAUACCUUUCAGAGAUGAAGGAAACCACACAAAGAGAAGGACGGCCGCAAAUGGUGGAUGGAAAGCAAGUUGUUGUGAACGAGCAAAAGGUCGAUAAAUUCCUCUAUACAAUGUUGAAGUUAAACUCGACGAUACUCAGGUACUCCAGAAUGGCAGCUGUGGUGCUAGUGAGCCUCCCUCCGCCACCGCUGAAUCACCCUGCAUACUUCUACAUGGAGUACAUGGACCUGCUUGUAGAGAACGUCCCACGCAUGUUGAUAGUUAGGGGAUACAGAAGAGAUGUUGUCACAUUUUUUACUUGAUCAAAUACGUACAGUCUGAGCUCCAUCCAGUUGUUGUGCCAUUGUAGCAGAAUGAAUACACAGAUGUGUGCAGAUUCCACUGCUGAAGUUGGAAGCCCUCACCUUGACGGCUACCUUAGAUGGGAUGCACUGGGUUGUCACUGCCAUAUUAGGUACGUAAACCAUAGAUCUUCAUUCCUUUUCAGGACACAACAGAUGAAUACUUGGUCACUACAAAUUUUGUAGCCCUGUUCUCCAAAUCAAUUCUAGAAACUUCCAUUUUUUUUCCCACUGAAACAGUAGCAACAGUGUCCCUGUUUUUGCUAUUUUCUGUGAUUUGUAUACGGCUGAGAGACUGCAACAAGUUGUUGGAAGGAGCAAUACCAAUGCUAUAAGUAGAGAAUAUUCUGUUAA